GAAACCGAAGAAGAAAUCUCCCGCCCCAUCCGCUGUUCUUUUUAAACCGAGGCGGGACGACGCUUCGCUCCAUUCACUUUAACAGAGUAGUAGUUGGUAAAACAUCGUUUGACGUUACAGGUCGCUGCCAAUAUGGUGAGGACUAAAGCCGACAAUGUCCCCGCAUCAUACAGAAAAGCGGUUGCAGCAGCUGCACCCCGGAAGUCUCUGGGCUCCAGUUCAGCCAACUCGUCCUCGUCCUCCUCCAGCAGCCAGUCAACCACACCUGCAAAGGGCAAGUAUGCAGGCGGGAACCCGGUGUGUCCCCGUCCCACGCCGGACUGGCAGAAGGGGAUCGGAGACUUCUUUGGGGGACCCCCGAGGAAGCCUGAGAAGGAGAACCAGCAGCCCCGGGAGGUAGAGGAUGAUGAAGAGGCCGGAGGCAGCGGGAUGUCAAAAGCCCCCAAGAAGUACGUUCCCCAGCUGCUACUUUAACCUUGUGUCAUUUUUA